AUGUUCUUCUUCAUGUGCAAAUCCAAGAAGACCAUGUCCCGGAAAGUGACGUCACCCACCCCACGAUCAUCCCCUUCCUUGAGAAAAUCCCAACACCACUCCUCCUCCUCAAACCCUUACGACUCCACCGGCUCCGACAAUUUCAUCAUCCCUAGCACCGCCUCCACCUCCAGCUUCUAUCGUAACUCCCACGGCAGCUUGAAUUCCACACGCGCCUCCCUCUCCGGCCUCCGCGAGUCUAUCUCACGCGAGCAGCCCCACAUCUACGAUUUCCAGGAGAUCAUCGCCGCCACCAACAACUUCCUCAUCAAGCCCCACUCGAAAUCCUCCUCCUCCACCGCCUGGCGGUGCACCGUGCGCGAUCAGCUCUGCCUGAUCUUCCAGCGCCGAACCCGCCGCCAGAUGGACACCGCACAGAUCGUCGACCGCCUUGCCGUGAUUUGCCGGAGCCACCACUCCAGCCUCGUCAAGCUGAAAGGCGCCUCCAUUUCCGGCGCCUACAUCUACCUGGUCUACGAUUAUAUUCCUGGUGCAAAUCUCGCCGAUUGCCUAAGAAACGCGAGGAACCCUAAUUUCACGGUGCUGUCUAAUUGGAUGUCGCGCAUGCGGGUCGCCUCUGACAUUGCCCAUGGUCUGGACUAUGUCCACAACUCAACUGGGCUAGGGUUUGAAUUUGUGCACAAUCACAUUAAGAGUAGCAGCGUAAUCGUGGUCGAGCCGUCCCUCAAUGCUAAACUCUGCCAUUUCGGGACGUCCGAGCUUUGUGGUGAGAUUAUCAGAGAAGAAUGUAGUGUGGAUUCGAAUAGGGAGUUGAAAAGAUCGAGCAGCAAGGUCAAUAAGCUUGAGGGAACCCGGGGGUAUAUGGCCCCUGAGUUCCAAAAGAGUGGGAUAGUGACACAAAAAUGCGAUGUUUAUGCAUUUGGGGUUGUAAUUCUUGAGUUGUUAUCAGGUAUGGAGGCUUUGGCAUAUAAAAUUGAUGAGGAGAGUGGGAGUUAUGCAAGAAUAUCGGUGGUGGAGACUGCCAGGGAAGCCGUGAAGGAAGGUGGAGUCCGGAAGUGGGUGGACAGGAGGCUGAGGGACUCUUACCCAGUGGCGGUGGUGGAGAAAUUGGCCCGCCUGGCCCUGGACUGCGUGGAGGAUGACCCUGACAACCGGCCAGAUAUGGGUAGAGUUGCUGUUCGUGUCUCACAGAUGUUUUUGGAAUCGCAAGACUGGGCGGGGAAUAUGGGUUCGGUUACUGACUUCACGGUUACCCUCGGCCCACGGUGA